AUGGAGCGCUCAACAACGACCGGCGCCUGCCUCUGGUUGGGCCUGGUCACAGUGGCGACAACCUUUGCCUGCACCGAUGCCGGGCUUACCAACGACACGUGCACCGAGGGGGCGUCGAGGUGCCAUCCGGGAAUCCUGCUGCCGAUCUGGUACCCCGAGAACCCGUCGACAGGGGACAAGAUGGCAAGAGUGAUUGUGUACUUUGUGGCACUGAUCUACAUGUUUCUGGGAGUGUCCAUCAUUGCAGACCGCUUUAUGGCGGCCAUUGAGGUGAUUACAUCGCAGGAGCGGGAAAUUGUGGUGAAGAGGGCAAAUGGUGAGACCAUGACAACGACAGUGCGCAUUUGGAAUGAGACUGUAUCCAACUUGACUCUGAUGGCACUGGGAUCCUCAACACCUGAGAUCCUGCUCUCAGUAAUUGAGAUCUGUGGUCAUGGCUUUUAUGCCGGAGACCUCGGUCCUUCCACGAUUGUGGGCAGUGCCGCUUUUAAUAUGUUUGUUAUCAUUGGACUGUGCGUGUCUGCUGUACCGGACGGUGAAGUCCGCAAAGUGAAGCAUUUGCGUGUUUUCUUCGUGACGGCAGCUUGCAGUAUUUUUGCGUAUGUCUGGUUGUACAUGAUUCUUGCAGUAUUUUCACCAAAUGUGGUGCAAGUAUGGGAAGGGCUAGUGACAUUUGCUUUCUUUCCUGCCUGCGUUGUCUUAGCUUGGGCUGUCGAUCGGCGUAUGUUGUUUAACAAGUUCACGCACAAGACGUACAGAACCGACAAGCAUCGUGGGGUCAUCAUCGAGACAGAAGGAGAUCGAUCAAAAGGAAUUGAGAUGGAUGGGAAGAUAGCUAACUCACAUUCACACUUCCUAGACGGUGCCUGCGCUGCUAGCAACCUGAUGGGACUGAUGGAGGGCAAGGAGAUGGACGAAUCAAGACGAGAAAUGAUCCGCAUUUUGAAAGACCUGAAGCAGAAGCAUCCUGAGAAGGACUUGGACCAGCUAGUCGAGAUGGCAAACUAUUACGCACUUUCGCAUCAACAGAAAAGCAGAGCGUUCUACCGAAUCCAGGCUACGCGAAUGAUGACAGGUGCCGGGAACAUUCUAAAAAAACAUGUUGCGGAUCAGGCCAAACGUAGUGCUAGCAUACAGGAAGUGCAGGUUGAGGAGCAGGAAGAUUUUGUGACUCGAAUCAUGUUUGAACCUGCUGUGUAUCAGUGUUUGGAAAACUGUGGCGCCGUCGUGCUAGCCAUUGUACGAAGAGGUGGUGAUGUCUCCAAGACGAUCUAUGUUGAUUACAAGACGGAGGAUGGGUCAGCCAAUGCUGGUGCUGAUUAUGAGUUCACAGAAGGUACAGCGGUCUUCAAACCUGGUGAGGUCAUCAAAGAAAUUGCUAUUGGAAUUAUUGACGAUGACAUUUUUGAGGAGGAUGAGCACUUUUAUGUGCGGCUCAGCAACGUCCGGACACUCGACACAGAGAUUGAUGACGAGAUGGCUCCCUACCCGAAAGUGACUCUUGGGUUUCCUGCUGUUGCCACUGUGACCAUCUUGGACGAUGACCAUGCGGGGAUCUUUACUUUUGAGAGUGGAAUGGCGCACGUUAGCGAAAGCAUUGGAAUCAUGGAGGUUAAGGUCAUGAGGACGUCUGGUGCAAGAGGAACCGUUAUUGUCCCUUAUCGAACCAUGGAGGGACUUGCCAAAGGAGGAGGGGAGGACUUUGAGGAUACAUAUGGCGAGCUGGAAUUUAAAAAUGACGAGACCUGUAAAACUAUACAGGUGAGGAUCAUUGAUGAUGAGGAGUAUGAGAAGAACAAAAACUUCUUCCUGGAGCUUGGAGAACCUCGCAUGGUGGACAUGAGCCUGCAGAAAGCUCUGUUAUUAUCUGACGAUGUACCUGACAUGAAGUUAUCUUCAGAUGAAGAGGAGGCGAGGAGGAUAGCUGAGAUGGGAAAGCCGAUUUUGGGAGAGCAUUCCAAACUGGAGGUCAUCAUCGAAGAAUCAUAUGAGUUUAAGAGUACUGUGGAUAAACUGAUUAAGAAGACGAACUUGGCGUUGGUUGUUGGUACUAACUCGUGGAGAGAGCAGUUCAUGGAGGCCAUCACUGUCAGUGCAGGUGAUGAGGAUGAGGACGAUGCAGGUGAAGAGCGUCUCCCGUCCUGUUUCGAUUAUGUAAUGCACUUCCUGACCGUCUUCUGGAAGGUUCUGUUUGCAUGUGUUCCUCCCACUGAGUACUGGAACGGCUGGGCUUGCUUCUUCACCUCCAUCAUCAUCAUUGGCUUCCUUACCGCCAUCAUCGGAGACCUGGCCUCUCAUUUCGGCUGCACCAUUGGCCUUAAGGACUCUGUCACCGCUGUUGUCUUCGUCGCUCUCGGCACCUCUGUACCAGAUACAUUUGCAAGUAAGGUGGCGGCGGUGCAGGACGUGUACGCAGAUGCCUCCAUUGGAAAUGUGACGGGCAGUAACGCAGUCAACGUGUUUGUUGGACUAGGCGUGGCUUGGUCUGUGGCGGCUAUGUACUGGCGCUCCCAGGGCAGGGAGUUUGAGGUUCACGCCGGAUCGCUGGCCUUCUCCUUAACGCUCUUCAGCAUCUUCUCAGUCUUUGCUGUGCUAGCCCUGAUGUACCGUCGCCGCGGACACAUUGGUGGGGAGCUGGGCGGGCCCAGACGCCAUCGCAUCUUCACCACGCUGUUCUUCUUCAUGCUGUGGUUCCUCUAUAUUCUGCUGUCCUCGCUGGAAGCCUACUGCCACAUCCAGGGCUUCUAGAGACGCCAGGGCCAGUAGAAACAUUAAGAAAAGAACCAGGAAUCAGAAGAUCAACGCUGUCCACUCGUCUUCUCUUUUCUUUCACUCUUUCUCUCUCCUUCUCAACAAGGAAACCAAAAUGUAAACAUGGAGUCUAAGCUUUACUUUUCACAUAAGUCUGCAGCACUAAAGAGAGAGAGAAGGUUCAUAUCAAAGCCUGAUCUUAUGUCCAAUUUCUCAC